UCUCUCUCUCUCUCUCAAAUAAUUACCUCUUUCGAUUAAAUCCCCCUCAAGCCAUAGUUGAAACAAUAGUUCCCCGGGAUUAUUAUUUGACCAAUAUGGUAUAACAAUAAAUAAUCCUAUAUAUAAUUUUUGAAUUCCUGUCUGUGUCUGUGGGGGUCAAGUCCGAGGGGUAAUUUCGGCGCAUGUUUGCAUUUGGCGUUAGGAAAGAAAAUGAAUAAAAAAUUGCUUAUUUAAAUGAAAAGGUGAAAAUGAUGAAAGUGAAAAAAGGAAAAUAGUAAAAAAAGAUAUGUUUUAGGUCGAGUUCGAAAUAAGUGAAGUCAGUAAAAUAAAAUGUAAACAAAAAAUUGAAAAGGUUUAGAAGUAGGGUUGCCGUUUUUGAGUCAAGCCGACAAUCGAGGCAUUUUUUGGGUUUUUUUGGGGCAAAGCCAUGAAAAUAGAGGUAGAUAAAGAUGAAAGAGAGAGACUCGCCCGAAGGGCGAGUCUCCUCGCUAAAAUUGAUGAUUUUGAAGAGAAAAUAGAUAGUAUAAGGGAAUUUAUUGAUAAUAUGAUAACAUUCCAUGACGCGGACACUUCUCCGCUAGCUAAAAAUUUUACAACAAAUGAAAUAGGCCUAACACCUGGUCAACAGAGAAAACUGACAAAAUUCUCUCUGGUCAGAAAAAUUUAAAAUUAAGAAUUCUAAAAAUAAUUUUUUAAAAUUUUGUUAAUAGUUUGGUUUUUACCCACCCCCUGUUUUUUCUAUUUUUUCAAUUAAUGGAAAUUGCCUAUAUAUAUUUCGAAAGAGCUCUUCAAGUUGAGUCAAAUAAUACCAAAAUCAACCAAAUCUGACUUAGAUGAACAAAAUGAUGACCAGUUUUAGUAUAUUGCUCGGGGCUGGGACGUUUUGGCGCGAGCCACCGUAUUGAAACAAUUCUCUUCGUGUUCGGGCCAACUUCCCCCGUCUUCAAGCAACUUCUCCCGUGUUCGUGUCAAUUUCCCCGUGUUUGGGUUAACUUCC